AUGGAUGAAUUAGAAAAAGAGUUUGAGAAAAUAAAUUUGAAAUAUGAAGAUGAAGAAGAACAAAAUGAACAGGAAAAAAUUUCUCAUAGAAAGUUAAGAUAUCUAAAAAUGAAAGAUAAAAAAGAUGAGAAAAAACGUAACAAACAAAAUAGCAAAAUAGUUAAUAAUAUUAAAAAUAAGAAUGAUAAUAAAAAUGAAGAUGAAGUUAAAAGAAAAGAUGAUGAUGAUAAUAAUAUCAUAAAAGAAGAUGAAAUUAAUUCAAAAAUUGAUGAAAGUCUUAAUGUAUCAGAUAACAUCGAGAAAGACAAAAAGAAGUAUGAACCAGUUUUUGUAGAGUAUUGCAAAAUUUGUGGAAUGCCAUAUGAAUAUUGUGAAUAUGGAAAAUUUUAUAAUGAGUGUAAAGAAGAAAAUAAAGAAAAAUAUAAUUAUGAUAUUAUGAAUAACGAAGUUGAUAAUAAUAAUAAAAAGCAAACAAAAAAAAUCCCCAAAAUUUCUAAUCAAAAAAUAACAAUACAAAAAACAACGAGAGCAAGAAAAAAAGUUGUUACAGUUGUAACGGGAUUGCAUACAUAUGUUAAGUUAGAAAAGAUAGCAAAGAUUUUUUCUAGAUUUUAUGCAUGUGGUUCAUCAGUUAUUAAAGGAACUAAUAAUAAUCCAGAUCAGAUAGAUAUACAAGGAGAUGUAGAACAUAAUAUUGCAGAGAUUAUAAUGAAAAAUUGUCCAGAAGUAACUGAAGAUAAAUUUGUUUUUUUACCACCUAAAUAA